ACGACUGCCCCUCCCGAGCGGCCCCGCAGCUCAGACUCGCCAUGGCCAUCGCGCCGCGCACGCUCGCUCAAGCCUUCGCGGCUCUGCUCGUGAUCUGCGUUGUCACCAGCGUCUUCUAUCUGGCGCUGCCAAGUGCACAGCUGCGUGUUCCAGGCCUCCCGGUGCCAUGGUUCACAGACAUCGAAGGCAAGAGGAGCCAGUGGAGAGACACGAGGAACUGGGUGUUUAAAGUCCCGGCCGCAGCACCAAGCCCACAGCAGGCAGCUCGGCCGAUGCGCACUGAUGUCGUCUUCCUGAAGACUCACAAAACGGCAAGCAGCACCUUCCAGAAUAUACUGUUCCGCUUCGGCGAGAAGCACAACCUGACGUUCGCCUUCCCGAUCAGGACGUACCAAUUUGUCUACCCGGGCCCGUUCAUGGCCUCUUACGUGGCUCCUCUGCCACCGAUCGUCGCUGCCGCCGGCGGGCACUUCCACAUCCUGUGUAGCCACAUGCGCUUAAAUAUAGCUGAGGUGGCACGCGUGAUGAGUCCCAAUGCCACUUACCUGUCCAUUGUGCGCCGUCCCGAGAGCGCCUUCGAGUCUGUGUUCCAAUACUACCAGAGCGUCGUGCCUGCUUUCAUCGCAGCGAAAAAAGAAAGUAAAGGCAAUGACCCAUUGAGGACUUUCCUAGAGAAGCCUGAAAGGUUUUACAAUUCGCAAAAGAAGCCCCCCGCUUUUGUCAAGAACCCAAUGGCAUUUGACUUCGGGUUGGAUUCCAACGCUGCCGUUUCAAGUGAUAGUUUCCGUGCUGGCUUAGCACGGCUGAACACCAAAUUCGACCUGGUCAUGAUCACCGAGCGCUUUGACGAGUCCGUGAUCUUGGCCAAGGAGUUGCUGGGCUGGGAGAUGGAGGAUGUGGUCUCCCUGUCUUUAAACAAGCGCGCCAAGACCCACGGCAAUAACUCGGUCGAGAAAUACGAACCGCACCUGUACGAGAUGAUCCGGCGCUGGAACGCGCUGGACGUGGCUUUGUACGAACACUUCUCGCGUCGCUUCCAGCGCCAGGUGGAGGCGUUCGGAGUGGAGCGAAUGCGACGCGAGGUGGAUGCCCUGCGCAGAGAGGUGAGCGCCCGUAGAGAGGAGUGCGUGGCGAGCGAGGUGGGCGCGAGAAAGAUUAAGCAAAGGGAAAUCAGGCCAUUUGUGUUCGGCGCAGUGGAUAUCCUGGGCUACAACAUGAGGAGCGGCCUGGACCCACGGACACGCGAGCGGUGUCUGCGGAUGCUGCUGCCGGAGCUCAAGUACCACACGCGGCUCUUCCAGCGGCAGUACGGCACCACAGUGGAGAAAUACCAAAAGAAGAUAAUUCGCGUUAAAGAGAAGCACAGGCACGCUUUGAAAAUCUAAGUUUACAACGAUUGACAGCAAUCUGUAUGCAUUGUAUAUUUCAUGGCUCUUCAUUGCUGCCCCGCCAAGUGUAAUUUGCACAGGUUGAUGACUUUCAAGUAUCAGAAUCCAAGCACCUGAGCACAACGAAGGAAUCAAAAACAUUUUGACAGAAAGGGUCUGAGAUGUGGUGUCGAUGAUCUUUACCUCUCGAGAACGAUUCAAAUCUCACCAGCAGGUGUGUCUGUGGCCAUUUUUUCUUGGGGGGGGGGGUGUGGGUGAACUCGUAACUAACGAGCAUUAAUGCUUGGCGUUCUCAUAGAAAAUGAUAUCAUUAACAUCUGGCCGAUAAUUACCAGCCAAUGCUGUCAACAGGGGCAAUUCUGAGAAAUGUGCUGUUGAUAGGUUGAUUCGGGAGCGAGAAAAUCGAGGUCGGCACCACCAAUAGAUGCACACAGCACCCUGACAAUUGCUCUAUGCUUGUGGUACAAAGGUCUGCUAGUUGUGAGCUGUCGGGAAGUCGCACCAGGAUGACAUGCUUCAUGGGAGAUGCGUGUGUGUGCCCAGUGCACACAGUCACCCUGAUCAGAGCAACCUGAUUCCUGCUCACCCUGCGUCCUGGCAUGUAGCUCCAGGAACACUGUUGCAGCACAAUCCAAUUUCAGCUACACCAUCUCCACAACAAAUCACGUGCAGUUUUGUCUCUGACAUCAUCACGUCGCUGGGAAAUGUAUUGGGUCUGCCCCCGUUUGCGAGUGGCUGGUGAAAUUAAAGGACCUACGGCAAACUGAUACCUUUUCUGUGCUACGAGCAUGAGAAUCGCGUGGUUAACAGCAGGUGAAAAUCACAGCCAUAAUAUAUUGUGUCACUUUGGGAGAUGCCAUGCGGCCACCCUGAUUAUUACUGUCGUGUAAUAACCAUCGCAAAAUGAACAUUCAAGACCCCCUGACGUAAUUUGCAAGAGUAGGUCAUUGUGUGCCAGCGUCAGGAUCACAAAUUUGCCAAAAUUCCAAAAUUACCCGCAAAAUUACUGAAUUGGGAUUGCACAUAGUAAUCAUUGCCCCCUACUGACAUAUUAAUGCCCCACUUAUCUCUUGCAAAUUAUAUUAUCAUGGUAUUUUAAGGUCUCACCUGGUUGAACAAAAUAAACUCGUUUUAGAUGUCCGAGCAAUUAUGUGAAUGGUGCUCCUAGAGCAGUGGUUCUUAACCUGGGAUGCUAAACACGGCAGAUUUUUUAGAAGGUAAAUCAUCGAAACACAAAUUAAGCAUGGGCCGGUAAGUAGAGCUACUUUGUAGCUGUAUUUAUUAACGUGCAUAUUUUUUUACGAUUGAGAACCAAAGGGGUGCAAGGCUACAGUAAAGGUUAAGAACCGCUGUCCAAGAGUGAGUUUUGUAUCAAGCUGCCUUUUUUGCAUGGCUAGAAUUUAUCACAGCACUUUAAUUGCAAUGAUAUAAGUUAAUUUGACGUGUUCUGAUUGCUAUGAUUAAAAUAAUAAUAUUCCCUUUUUCAAUCCACUGCCUCCCCAUGCUCUGUUGCUCUGUUGGUCAUUGUUUGACCAUACUUCGCCAUGCUAGUCAUAAUUUAUGCACAACUUAUAUGCAAGAUAAUUUAUUUAUAGUAAUGUAAUCUCAUUAAUGCGGCUUCACAUUCGUGUAAGACAGCUCACUGGCCUCAAUAUAUAAAAUGCUCCUAAAAUCCGCCGGCAGAGAUUGUAGUAAUUUCCCAAUCUUAUGUAAAUUAUCUAAUUGCUUAAUUAGUUCUGUACAUAGGCCCCAGGAUAAGACAAAUAUGACAUGAUGUUUAAAAAAAAAAACUUCCUUUAAUCUGACGCUGAUACCACGCCACCGGCAUGCACUGAGUCUAUAUAUGCUAAGGCAAGGGAGGCCCAGGUGACGUUCAGAGGGAAAAUUGUGAAUUAAGGAGGUGCCAUGGAUUAAACGUGAUCACACAAAGUACAUGAUUGGGAGAAGACGAAUGAAGUGAAUGUUUAGAGUGAAUUAUCAAGCUCAUUCCGCCACAAACUCUGGGAAUCAGAUGAUACAAUAUUAUUUUAAAAGAUCAAAAGUGGUGUGUAAAGUGUUGCAAUGCAAGCGGAAUGGGUAAUGUUAAACCAUAUGAGCAAACGGUUUUGUAGAACAUGUACAGUCCUUUUUGUUGUCAAUUCAUUGCUGGUCAUAUGGGUUAUUUGACCAUACCUCACCACGCUAGUCUACGCGGGUUAUCGACGGUGGCGGGGAGCCUACAUGUGGGAACAGUACAACAAAAAUAUUGAGCUAAAAAUGUUCGUGGGACACCCAUCAAUCGAUAGUAAACAGCCACCGGUGUGCAUGCGUGCAAUGGAAACCUCUCCAAAGACAAACACGGCGACACAAUCUGCUCGCGAUACGGUCUCGGGUACGCGGUGCCCGGAGCCACGUCGGUCCGCGUGAGCGAUUGCCCCAUCGUGAGGGCCUCUUCCAGCUGGCACUCGCUUCAAGCCCCCCCACCCCCCGCCAAUGUGAGCUGUUAACAAGAGCUCGCCAGUGUCCGCCAUGGUAAACAACGUGGCGCGCGACACUGAGGGUGGGCACUGUUUGCUCGACUUGGGCGACCUUCACCAUGUGCACCGUCGAUAAUCAAGGACAGUUCGGCAAAACGUCGAUGUGCCUUGUACGAUGCGAGCGCACACGCCCGCGUGAUAUAUACCUGGUCAUCAUGUGUGUAACACUGCAUCAAUUCAUUGUGUAGAGUUGGUUCUUACCAGUGUUUAAUUCCAGCGGUAUGUCUUUCUAUCUGAAGGAGAGUGUGGUACUAGGGGAGUGUGGUACUAGGAGUGUAUGGUACUAGGGGUGUGUGGUACUAGGGGAGUGUGGUACUAGGAGUGUGGUACUAGGAGAGUGUAGUAUUAUAUGGAGACGAAACCCAAAAAAGAGAUACUGUAUACAACUCUUGCAUCGAAAGUUACCUAUGCUGUGCGUUUCUGGCUGUCUUCACUUUGCAGGUUUAAUUUUGUAUUUUAAAAAUGUACGGGAGCGACGCCGCAGUAACCUCACUCGAUUCCUGCUGACCAUAAAUAUAUAUUUUUUUAUUUUGAGUGGGGACAGUCACAGAGGCGGAAUUUGCACUGCAGAAAACUGCUUUUCCAGUUCUCUGUAAUCUGCAGGGGCCACAGAACCACGAUGACCGCAUGACGGUCACUAACUCACCAAGUCAAAUCAAGUUUGUUUUCUAUGACCAUGAGGUGAGAACUCAAGAGACCAAGGAUAGUCUUAUUUCCAUGCAAGAGCGACAUAUGGAAGGGGGGGGGGGGUGUUUACCAAAAUCACAGCGGUGAAGCAAAUACAAGCUCGCGUGAAUACAAAUGCGUCGUCUUAUGAGAGAUAGAAAACGUUGCACAAACAUAAAUCAGCGUUGAAUAUCGAAUUCCCUGUAGGGCAAGUCGGCUGACGGAGCGACGGACAUUACAAGCCACGUGUUUUCCCCACGAGCGGUUUCCCCCCCCCCCAACACCGCACAUGCCUGCCAGGUCACAUUUUGCGCGCCAAGAUCCAACAAAUGUACUGCACUCCGGUGCGCAAAUAAACACAUUCCUGCGGAGGGAGCUGAUAGGAACGUUGGGUUGCUCGGUCAAUAGCCAGGGUCAACGGCGGCGUGGUGUAUUCCGCAAAUAUGCCCGACUGUGAGGGCGGGCACAAGCCGGCGUGAGUAGGUUAAACGUUGAGUUUUAUACUGGUAGGAACGAAGUGGACCAGCCUACAAUAGAUUAUAUCGUCCGUCCGUUUGUCCGUCUGUCCGUCCGUGUAGCAACAUCGCCCCCUACUGCAAACACUUGGCAUGACCCUACAAAAACCUUUAGACUCUGUGAGGCUUUCCUGGCUAAACAAGUGUAACAUUCCCUUAUAAUUCCCUGAGAUAGCUUUUAAUUAAAACUUUGAAAUUAAAUAAAAAAAACUCACAGCGCCCUAAAGUCUCCCUUCGUAUCGUACCCCCGCGUGUGUGCAAGGGAGUUAAUGCUUAACAAUGUUACAUUCCCUGAUGCUUUUAAAUAGAAACAUUUAAAUUUAAAGCUUUUACAUAAAUAAUAAAAACAUUUAAAUUAAAAAUUAACUCACGGCGGCCUAAAGCCUACAGCUAGGCCUCAAGCCUCGAACAACGCCUCAAACUCUCCCUUCGUAUCGUUCCCCCACGUGUGUGCAAGGGAGUUAAUGUUUAACAAUGUUACAUUCCCUUAUGCUUUUAAAUAGAAACAUUUAAAUUUAAAGCUUUUACAUAAAUAAUUAAAACAGGUCAAUUAAAAAUUAACUCAUGGCGCCCUAAAGCCUACAGCUAGGCCUAAAGCCUAGACGUAGGCCUCAAACUCUCCCUUCGUAUCGUACCCCCGCGUGUGUGAAAGGGAGUUAAUGUUUAACAAUGUUACAUUCCCUGAUGUUUUUUAAUAGAAACAUUUACAUUUAAAGCUUUUACAUUAAAAACAACUCCCUAACCCCUCUUCGUCGGCGGCUUUCCAGCCUAGAGCCAGGCCUGGGAAUCUCUCCCCCGCUAGGGGUGUAUUGGGCGGGGCUACAGCGGCAGGGGGCGGGGCUACGCGGGGCUGGGCGGG